UGAUAUUCAGUCUACGAUUGAGUCAUGGAAAAAUUAAUAUCACCGACGACACCUGUGCCAGUUGAUUUGGUCGAUAAUGGCUAGCCAAACAAGAGCAAGUCGUGUGGCCGAAACAAACAACUGGCGUCCCGCUUCCACAUUUUUCAACAGGGCAAACAUCGGUGGCCGCGAUAAGAUCGCGCUUUAGGUGCCCAGCAUCCGGCGCUAUCAUUCAGUCGCUGCAUAGCCAAGCUAGCAGCCGGAGGCAGCUACCGGAUUUACACAGUAUCGUAUCAAAGGGGAUACCGCAAUGUCCACACUGGAGACUGAGGUGACCUUCCGCAAGCGCGCGGAAGUGAGUCAGAGUCUGGAGGCGCAGUUUCGCAGCUCCUCAACGGACUGCAUACUGAUCACAGACCAUCGCACCUCGAAAAGCAAGAGCCUCGAGCAACUGGAGGCGGCCAGGCAGGAGCAUGAGGCAGAGCCCUCGUGUUGCAUGAGCUAUGCGAGGAAUGCGUGUCGCAUGAAGACGCUUAAGAAGCGCCUGCCGAUCAUUGAGUGGCUGCCCAAGUACGACAGGCAGGAUGCCAUUGGGGAUCUGAUAGCUGGCUUCACUGUGGGCCUCACAGUCAUUCCGCAGGGCUUGGCCUACUCGGGCGUGGUGGGCUUGCCCGCAGAGUCUGGUCUUUACGGCUCCUUCCUGGGCUGCUUUGUCUACGUCCUGCUGGGCACGUGCAAGGACAAUACCAUUGGCAGCACAGCCGUGGCCUCGCUCAUGACAUACCAGUUCGCACACGGCUCCUGGGCGCACUCGGUGCUGCUCACUUUUCUCACCGGCUUCAUUGAGAUUCUGAUGGCCAUCUUCAAGCUUGGUGCCCUGGUGGAGUUCGUGUCGGGCCCGGUUAGCGCGGGUUUCACCAGUGCCGUGUCCCUCAUAGUGCUCACAUCCCAGAUGAAGUACAUUUUGGGCGUGAACAGUGAAGGUGGCUCGUUCCUGCAGAGCUGGAUCAGCAUGUUCCGCGACAUCGAUAACUUUCGCGUUUGGGACUGCUGCCUGGGCUGCGGCUGCUUAAUCCUCCUGCUGGCCAUACGCAGCCUCAGCCAAAUACGCAUUGGCCCAAAGCAGAAGUGCGAACGUAGCCAGCUGCAGCGCGUGCUCAACGAGAUCAUCAAAUUUGUGGGCGUCACCCGCAAUGCCACGGUUGUCAUAGGCGCCACUCUGGUGGCCAUGUACCUGGAGGCGAACGACAGGAAUCCAUUUCGGCUGACAGGCUACAUACCGCCUGGCAUGCCCACCAUUUCACUGCCCAACUUCACGGUCGAGGCGCAGCCGGGCAAUGCCACAGCCGGCAUUCCCGCAGUGCCAGGCCAAAACUUCUUUGAGAUGGUGCAGAGUCUGGGCUUUGGGCUGAUUAUAGUGCCGAUUAUAGCGCUGCUGGAGAACGUGUCUGUCUGCAAGGCAUUUGCCAAGGACAGACAAAUCGACGUGAGCCAGGAACUGUUCGCCACCGGCGUGGCCAACAUGGCCACGGCCCUAGUGAGUGGCUACCGGAGCAACGGUGGUCUGGCCCGGUCCGCCGUCAACAAUGCCAGCGGCUGUCGCACCAACAUGUCCAAUCUUUACAUUGGCAUCAUAGUGGUGCUGUCGAUCAGUUACCUCACCGAGUACUUCUACUUCAUACCGAAAGCCGUCCUGGCCGCUAUCAUCAUAUCGGCCGUAGUGUUUCAGGUCCAGUACCAAAUCGUAGGGCCGAUGUGGCGCAGCAAACGCUCUGAUCUUGUGCCCGGUCUGCUGGCGUUCGUCACCUGCCUUGUGCUGCCCCUGGAAAUCGGCAUCGUUGUGGCAAUCGGAGCCAAUCAACUCUACAUACUCUACCAUGCGGCGCGGCCCAAGGUCACGCUGGAGCAACUGGAGACGGAGCAUGGCAUUAAGUUUAUAAAGAUUACGCCCGAUCGUUGCCUGAUAUUCCCCUCGGUGGAGUUCGUGAGGAACAUGGUGCUCAAGUCCGGCAGCAAGACCACGCUGCCCAUUGUCAUCGACUGCACGUACAUUUUCGCUGCCGACUUCACGGCGGCCAAGGUGAUUUCUUCCAUGGUGGAAGAUUUCCAGCGACGUCGUCAGAAGAUCAUCUUCUUCAAUCUCAAGCCGAGUGUAGUUAGCAUAUUCGAGGGUCUCAAGACCAAGCUGGUGCUCUGCUACAAUACGCACGCGCUCAGCCUGGAACUACUGCCCAAUGCCGCAGAUCUGUCGCAAUCGGUGGACUCAUUGGAGGCAGGCACCUCUACGGGUGACUCUGUAAGCAUGACCAGCACUAGCACGCUCUCCUUGGCCAAAAUGUAGAUGCCUCUCCAUGGAUUAGAAUUAAAUAUUAAACGUC